GCGAAAUUUGUGCCUUUUUUUAUAUGUUGGCGCCUCGAAAGUCAGUGUAAAUACCACGAAACAAAAUAAACAAAUAUUUAAUGUAUUAGACGGCGAAAUUCACAGACGAAUUGUUUACUUUUGUACGCUAUCAUAUUAUGCAUGUAGAUUAGAUAUUGACUCCCAGCCUAGCCAAUGCUCAUUGCACAACUUCACGACUAUUUGUAUGUCAAAUUAUUGCCCGUCAGCAGUGUCAACAAUAGUAUUAAAAUUAAAUUUAGCAUGCGAAGAGUCAAGAUAAUAAUGUAAAAAAUAGUCGAUAAGAUAACUGAGAUUUGUCCGGGAAGCGGUUACCUUUAACUAAGUAAUGUCAGUCAACCAGUUGCCUUCAAAGAAACCCAAAAUGUCCGAGGAAAACGUGAAGCACCUCCCUUCAGCCAUCCCUCUGCCUCUGCCCGAGGCCGAACUCGCUGAUGUUGUGGAAAAAUCCAAAGAUUGGGCCCUGAUGCAUGGAGCGGCCAUGCGUUCAAAAACGACCUUCUCCGAAGACUCUCUCAACUUCGCCCCCUUCGUGCUCGUCCCCACCGCCUUCCCGCGGAAGCAGUUCCUCAAGUCCAUCGAAAUUCAGCCGAUUCUCAAUGAGCUGAUGCACAAGGUGGCCCACAGCCGAGAGUUCCUCACCGAGUGCCUUCAAGAAACAAUCAAGGUGGACGACUUCACCGGGCGCCUCUUCAACAUCUACGAGACGGUGUUUAACGAAGGUGUCACCCAGCCGAUUAGUUUGGGUCUGGUGAGGUCAGAUUUGAUGUUGGAGGGAUCGUGUAAGGGUCACGCGCCCUCGGAUUCUACGCCCAUUUGCUGUUGGAAGCAGAUCGAGUUCAACACUAUCGCUUCGGGUUUCGGAUGGCUGGGCCCCUCUUCGCGUGCUAUCCAGAGGUACGUUUUACAAGAGUUGGGCCACAGCGACAAACUCAAAAACUUACCAGAUAAUAACGCAUUGGAAGGUCUUUGUAGUGGCAUGAUAGAAGCCUGGAAACUCUACGGCAACUCCAACGCCGUCGUCUUGUUCAUCAUCGAAGACGUCACUUACAACAUUUGCGACCAAAGAUUCCACGAGUUCAAAAUCCGCGAAAUGGAUCCUCAGGUUAAAGUGAUAAGGAGAAAUUUGACUGAAAUAGGGGAUCGGGCGACCCUCGGAGCUAAGAAAGAAUUGAUCAUUGACGGUUUCGAAGUUGCCGUGAUUUACUUCCGCGCAGGGUAUGAACCGGGACACUACCAUAGCGAGAAGGAGUGGGACGCGAGGCUCCUUAUGGAAAGAUCUCUAGCCAUCAAGAGCCCAACGAUCCACUACCACCUCGCAGGGACCAAGAAAGUCCAACAAGUCCUAGCCCGUCCUGGGGUUUUAGAGAACUUCCUUUCCGAUCCGUCGCAAGUAGAACGUGUCAGAAAUAUCUUCACGGGUUUGUAUAGUCUCGAUUUUGACGAAGUAGGCGAGCAGGCUAUCCAAAUGGCCAUCGACGACCCGGAACGCUUCGUGCUGAAGCCACAGCGCGAAGGAGGUGGGAAUAAUGUGUACGGUUUAGAGGUGAGAGAGGCCAUCAAGAGGAUGAAAGAUAGUGAGGAACGAACGGCUUGGAUUCUGAUGGAAAGGAUCCACCCGCCUUUGUCGAGGGGUUAUAUGGUGAGACCCGGCGGGAGCAAGGUGCCCGAGAUGGUAGAUAUGGUUUCAGAGUUGGGGAUUUUCGGGGUAGUGCUCGGGGAUGGUGAGAGUAUUUGGUAUAAUAAGCAAGUGGGACAUAUGCUGAGGACCAAGGUUUCAACGGCUGAUGAAGGUGGCGUCGCCGCUGGCCUGGGGGCGUUGGAUAGCCCGUAUUUGAUAGACUAAGAUAAACGUAUUUUUCUACUUUGAUGUAUGUUUUAUAAAUAAAAGUUUGCGUUUGUUUA